CAAAAUUGGUAAUGGGCGAUUCACAGAGAAAACCAAGAUGGUGGUCCGGCGGAGUCUGCUCCGCUAUUGCAGUAACCACCACACAUCCAUUGGAUUUGGUCAAGGUUCAGCUGCAGACGGCGGUCGACAAAGCACCAGUGUCAGUGAUCGUAUCCAAUAUAUUUAAAAAGGCCGGCAUUCUUGGAUUUUAUAGCGGCAUUUCCGCCUCGUGGUUCCGUCAGCUGACCUAUACCACGACUCGGUUCGCACUCUACGAAUGGGGCAAGCAGUUUGUGGAUGCGAAUAAUGUGAGUGCCAAGGUCCAGCUGGCCACGUUUGCGGGAAUAGUGGGCGGAAUAGUGGGCGUGCCCGGCGAUGUGGUGACGGUUCGUUUACAGAACGAUAUUAAAAUGCCGCCAGAAAAGCGUCGUGGUUAUAAGCACGUUUUUGAUGGUCUCUACCGGAUUCAAAAGGAAGAGGGCGUUCGGAGCUUAUUUCGAGGCACUGUGCCCGCCGUAACGCGUGCCGUAUUGCUUACAAUCGGAACCAAUGCCGCCUACGACCAAGUCAAGCAAAUUCUGAAAGGCACUAUUGAAUUGAAAGAUGGCCUACCUCUGCAUUUUCUCACCUCGUCCAUUGCCGGCUGCAUUGGUACGCUACUUACCCAGCCCAUCGAUGUUAUUAAGACUAGAUAUAUGAACGCAAAGCCGGGCGAAUUCAGUGGCAUUGGAGCUGUAGUUGUCAGCAUUGCCAAGCAGGGACCUUUUGCGUUCUACAAAGGCUUCAUUCCAGCGCUGUUGCGGGUCAGUCCAAAUACGAUUAUAACAUUUAUGCUCUAUGAGCAGGCGCGCAUACGCUUCGGCUACUUGCCAGAGGAAGAAAAGAAGAAGAGUUCGUAGAAAGCCCAAUUUAAGCAAUAAAAUUGAAAUAGUUCAUUAUUAUUUAUUUUCAUUAA